AAAACCCUAGAAAGUGGAACCCUAGACGGAGAGGGAGAGAGAAGGAGCUCGCUGUGGUGAAACCCUAGAGCUUCUCCUCGAUCGAGCAAGCAGCCAUGGCGCUGUACCUGCUCUAUGAGUCGGCGUCCGGCUACUCGCUCUUCCAGGCCCAUGGCAUCGACGAGAUUGGCCAGAACACUGAGGCCGUCCGAAAUUCUGUCCUCGAUCUCAACCGUUUCGGCAAGGUCGUCCGCUUCGUCGCCUUCAACCCCUUCUCCUCCGCCCUCGACGCCCUCAACCAAUGCAACGCCAUCUCUGAAGGGCUUAUGACGGAGGAGCUGAGGAACUUCUUGCAGAUUAACCUCCCAAAGGCUAAGGAGGGGAAGAAGGCCAAAUUUAGCCUUGGUGUUGCCGAGCCGAAAGUUGGGUCGCAGAUCUUUGAGACCACGAAAAUUCCCUGCCAGAGCAACGAGUUUGUUCUUGAGCUUCUUCGUGGUGUGAGAUUGCACUUCGAUCGAUUUAUCAAAGAUUUAAAGCCUACUGACUUGGAGAAGGCUCAAUUGGGGCUGGGGCACAGUUACAGCAGAGCCAAGGUCAAGUUCAAUGUUAAUAGAGUUGAUAAUAUGGUAAUUCAGGCUAUCUUCCUUUUGGAUACUCUGGACAAGGAUAUCAACUCUUUCUCCAUGCGAGUCAGAGAGUGGUACUCAUGGCAUUUUCCAGAGUUAGUGAAGAUUGUAAAUGACAAUUAUCUGUUUGCUAAAAUAGCCAAGUUUGUGGAGAACAAGUCAGAGUUGACUGAAAAUCAUAUUCCUGAGUUAGCUGACAUAGUUGGUGAUGAGGACAAAGCAAAGGAGAUUGUUGAAGCAGCAAAAGCUUCAAUGGGGCAAGAUUUGUCUCCAAUUGAUCUGAUCAAUGUCCAACAGUUUGCACAAAGGGUCAUGGAUCUCUCUGAGUACAGAAAGAAGCUUUAUGAGUAUCUUGUCACCAAAAUGAAUGACAUUGCACCAAAUUUAGCUUCUCUAAUUGGUGAGGUUGUUGGUGCUCGUUUGAUUUCACAUGCUGGUAGUCUCACGAAUUUAGCCAAGUGCCCUUCUUCAACACUUCAGAUACUUGGGGCAGAAAAAGCACUUUUCCGGGCACUCAAAACACGAGGAAACACACCGAAGUAUGGUCUCAUAUUCCACUCUUCUUUCAUUGGUCGAGCAUCAGCUCGAAACAAAGGUCGCAUGGCUCGCUAUCUUGCAAACAAAUGUUCGAUUGCAUCACGUAUUGACUGCUUUUCUGAGGCGAAUACCACUGUUUUUGGGGAAAAGCUGCGUGAGCAGGUGGAGGAGAGACUGGAGUUCUAUGACAAAGGUGUUGCCCCUCGAAAGAAUCUUGAUGUGAUGAAAUCUGCCAUUGACAAUGUGUUCCAGAAGUCCUUACAAUCUGGAGAUGAUGAAGAUAAAAACCAAAUGGAAGUAGAUAAUGGGAUUGCUGAUGCUUCUGUAAAGAAAAGCAAGAAAAAGAAAUCUAAAGGCGAGAAAGCACUUGAGGAGCCCAUGGACCAGGAUCAACCAGCGGCUAAUACAAAUGAGGAUUCUUCUGCACAAGAAUCUGAAAAGAAAAAGAAGAAAAAGAAGCACAAACUAGCCGAGGACGCGAUCACAGAAACUCCAAAUGAUCUGGAUGCUGUCGAGAAUGAACAAAAUGGUACGACCAAGAAGAAGAAAAAGAAACACCAUGGAGAUGAAGAUGAAGGUGCCAAUGGUCAAGCAGCUUCAGAAGUAAAGAAGAAAAAGAAGAAACAAAAGAAAGCUGAUGAUGAUGAUGAGGAGUAGCCUAUAAUAUGAUCUUCUCAACAUAGGCUGGUAAUUUAUGCAGCUCAAUGCCCUGUGUCCUUUAUUUCUCUUGUAAUAUCAGUGAACUGAGUAGGUUGAGGAUUUUGUUGUUGCAGUUGUAGUUUGAAUCAGCACUAAAAUGCUUGAAACAUCAAGAUUAUGGUGAUCAGCUAUGUCAUAAAAUAGCAAGUUUUGUAUUUUAUUUUGCCAUCUAUCUGGCCAAAUUUGUUC